GUUCCGUUCAUUAUCCUUUUCAAUCUAGAGAAAUAAAAUGUACUUUUGACUCCGCUACACUAAAAAAUCGCACGCGAUACUGAUCAACUGGCUCACACCCGAAGCUCUGUUCUCUACGGAAGUUGCACAAGGAAGAUACAUACAACUUGACUUACGUAUCACUUUUCCAAUGGAGAAGACAUGCGUUUAUGGGUUAGGACUUAAAACAUAGAAAAAUAAGAAAUAAUUGAUAAGAAAUUAUACUAUCAUGGAUACAGACGGUUUUCAAGUGAGAAUAAUCGAUAAUGAAAAGGGAAAAGGUCUUUUUGCCACACGUGCAUAUAAAAAAGGUAGUAUAAUAUUUGAAGAAAAACCAAUAGUGUGUUGUCAAUUUCCUUGGAAUGCAGAAUAUGGAUAUUUGGCAUGCGACAAUUGCUUGAAACCUUUAGAAAAUGCAGAAGAAACUGCUCGUAGGUUAACUGCUAAACCAGAUAUAAUUCUUCCGUAUAUGGAAUGUUGUAAAACGGAAAAGAAUUUGAUUACAGAAUGUUCUGCCUGUGGAACAAAAUAUUGUAGCAAUGAAUGUCAAAAUGAAGCAUUAGAAAGAUAUCAUAAAAUAUUAUGUUUACAAACAAGGGAUAAAAAUGAAGAUCAUCCAUUAGUACAAUUAAAUGAAAUAUGGAAACAAAUGCAUUAUCCACCUGAAACAGCAACAAUAAUGUUAUUAGCUAGAAUGAUUGCUAUUGUUAUACAAACUUCUAAUCAAGAAGAUAUUUUGCAAACUUUUUCUCAAUUUUGUCAUCGUACUGUAAAUGACACUGAUGAAAUAGCACACAAUUUAUUAGGUGAAAAGUUUAUUGGACAAAUUGAUUUAUUAAGACAGAUGCUACAGAAGGCAUUAAAUAAUGAUUAUACAUCGAAUUGGUUUACGCCAGAAGGUUUUAGAAGUUUGUUAGCUUUAGUAGGUACUAAUGGUCAAGGAAUUGGAACAAAUGCAUUUGCUCAAUGGGUGGGGAAUGUUAAUGUUUUAAAAUUACCUAAAGAUGAAAAAAUACACAUUAAUAAAUUCAUUAAUAGACUUUAUGAUGAUAUGAAAGAAGUGGUUGGUUCAUUUUUGAAUAAUGAAGGUUCUGGCCUCUAUGUCCUUCAAUCUAAAAUAAAUCAUAGCUGUUUAUCAAAUGCAGAUGUUGAGUUCCCUUAUUCAAAUAAUGUCUUAGUAUUAAAAGCUACUCGUGAUAUUCAACCUGGAGAAGAGAUUUGUAUAAGUUAUCUUGAAGAUUGUGAACUUAGAAGUAGACACUCUAGACAAAAAGCUUUAAAAUCUUACUACUUGUUUAUUUGUUCUUGUGAAAAAUGUCAAUCAGAGGCUGGAGAUCCUGAUGAAACAUCUGAUGAUAAUGAAUAUAUGUAAUUAUAAUAUAUUAAUAUAAUUGACAUGAAAAUAUUAUUUUCUAACACGUA